AUGACUCCGGAUGGUGACUUGACAAACUUGCGUGUGGUCCCAUUCGGGAUGAUUCCAUUCGACUCGGUGUACGCUAUCGCAACGCCAGAAGGAGACUUGAUAAUCUUCGACCCAGAUCUUUUGAGCGAUACAGGUGGGGCUAACGCUUUGGUUUUUUGUGUGCCAAGCGUCGAGAUGGUGGAUGCGACCUUCUUGGACAAAUCCGUAUUCCAGCGCUUUGCCGAGAGCAGCUAA